AAGGGUACUCUGAAAGAAGUUCGAGUUAAAGUGUUCAACUUUCCAAGUCGUAAUAAAAGCAUGGUAGUGCACAUAGAUCGGCAUCUUGAUGAAAUGGCAAAAACUACACAAAUUUUGGCUCAAGAAAUGCUCGAUCGUGUAGUUUUCGUCAGUUGGCCACAUUUAGUCGAAGCGAAAGUAGUCAAGGUGCAAGAUGCACAAAUGAUCUACACUGCAAAGACAUCUACAGCAAACAAUGGACAAUUUUUCAACACUUGCAUGAGAAGCAUCGUCGACCAUCAUUUCAAUCGGUUAGCGAUUGACUUGGGUGAAAUUACUCAACUUGUUUCCGUAAAAACAUGCAUAGGAAGUGAGUACGUUUUACAGAAUAAUUGCUUUGUGUUGAGGAAGCUUUGGAAUUCGUUUGAAAGUAUGUACCCUAUUCAGUCAAUUGUUACUGAAGUGAACGAGGUACUGAAAACUUUGAAACCUUAUAUCGAAAUUCACCAGAUGUACCCAGAAAAUAGUGUAGUUUUUCUCAGAGCUACUCAGUGGUAUGGGAGCCUGGGUCAUGUAAUCGAAGUGACUCCAAAUCCCAAACGUAUCAAAACGAGAUUUGAAAUCUACAGUGAGCCUGAUUUGGAAAAGAUAGUAGUUUUGAAUGAAGUUUCUAAACAGCAGUACAAAACGAUGAUGGAUGCAGCUGCCUGUAUAGGGAUUUCAAUCAAUCUUCUAAGUAGGAUUUCGAGUUCCAUCUUUAUCGUGCACGGUGCGAGACGUUCACUGAAUAUGGACGAGCAAGGUAAAGUUAACAUCGGUUUACAAAUACGUAAUGUAACGAGGAACGAGCAUGUUGUUGGAUACACGCAAAAGCUCAAUGACAAAUGGAUGUUUUCUGAAAAGGCCAUUGAACUUAUAAAAAGCUACUACGGAAAAGCGCCUGUGUUGUUUGAGCGCUUGGAAGUUUUUGGGAGAACCGAUGUUCUUUUCGAAAGUGAAAUGUUUGCAGAAAAUAGCGAAAACGGGUCUCAAUUGAAGGAACUCGUAGCAUGGUUAAAGACUCAACCGCACACCAAAGCAGAGAGACGUUCCUGUGGUUCCAAAAUGUUAGAACCAACAGCGUUUGAAGCACUGAUAAAGCUAAUAAAUGACCACAGAGAAAAAACACCCAUUAUACAAACCAUGUUUGUACAUCCAUCAGAUUUAUUCAAGCCUGAAAUGAAAAAAGCCAAGACUAUCGAUCCUAAAGCUGAUCAUGAGCUACUUGAUCGUGUUAUCGUUGCGCAAGACACAGAGAUUGUUCCACUAGGAACUAGAGGAACCAUUAUUGGAAUUCAUGUAUUUAAAGAUGUCAAUUCAAUUAGGCAGGAAAGAUCAAAAGAAGAGGACAAAUUUUUUGAUGUUUUGCUCGAUAAAGAACAUCAAAAUGGCUCGCACAUGUUCGGUAUAGAAGCUAGUGAUAAGCGUGUGAUUCGACUGGCUGAAAAUGCCAUACUAAACAUAUCCUAUGGAACAGCUGACUAUGAGUGCAAACAAAUUGACACCACUCCGAUGUUGAAAUCUGCCGAAGAAUUAGUCAUGAAACCAAGCACUUCGAUGCACCCUCCAGCCCAGGCAAUUGCCUAUCCUGCAAAACCGCCACCCACGGCUGAGUCAAUUAAAAAGCGACUCAACGAACGCAUUGAAAAAAAAGAUCCAACCAAAGCUUUUGUGUUCGCAUCACAAAACCAAAAUAACCCCUCAAUGGUUGGACAAAACGGCCCUCCCAACUGUAAUUUCGAGUUGUUAUGGAAAAAACUAAGGGACAAUGCUCAAGCACCUUCUUAUUUCGAUGAACGGGAUAUAAAAAGUUUUCUAGCGAAAGAAAGUAUACCUGCCACUGCAUCGAUGAAAAAUAUUCCCUUGGCGGCUCAUGCUAGUGCGGUACCUAUCAAUAAUGAUCCGACGGAUAUGUUAAAGAAAAUGCUUAAAAUUUCUGGAGACCAUCAUAGCCUGUCUGGUGGAACUGGAUUUAUAAACAACGCCAAGGUAGAUUCAUUUGUACCGGGCGAUGUUUUGAUGAAUGUUCCCGUACCAGAAAAUUUGCCGAAACCACCGUUAUCGUGGAAAAUUGCCAACGCUGCUGCAGGAAUCGAAGCACCGGGGAACAAUCUAUCACAAUCAGCAGUCAUCUCAGCUCACAUGGCGAACAAUGUACCAAUCAAACCCAACCCAUUCUUGGCAGCUUUGAACAAUUCCUCCAUGCCAAAUCUCAACAGCAUGGCUUGCCAAACAGGACACCGUUUGAACACAAUGAUACUGACAUCUGUACCGGCGCAAAUCCCCAAUAUCGACCAGCGAGGACCGAUAGGUCCACAAAAUUUAAGUUUUAAUCGAAAUGUUCCGGCAGGAACUGGCGCAUUCGUACCGUUGCAGGCCUUGAAAAAACAACGCCCUUUGAGGUCGGGAGGCGGAGGUGGUGGAAACGCUAAACAGAACGAGAUUAAACAAAAACAAUCCAAAACUAGAAAAACGAAUAAUUCAAAUGAAGAACGAAGCAAACAGGACGAGUCCAACCCGAAUCGGGAUGUCAAACCUGCUACAAAACCUAAAACUAAGAAACCACCAUCUUCGACGACUAAUUCAACUGCAAAUGACGCAGCAGAGUCAUCAAAAACGAAUAAACCGGUUACACAAAAACAACCGAAAGAGCGCAAAAUGAAAAUUGCUGCAAAUUUCGCUCAACCACUACCUGAAGUUUAGAGAAUGUUUAAUUUUCUUGACAUCAGCCAUCUAUUAUUUAAGCACAUAAAGUUUCUUAAAACAA